UAAUUUUCCUGUCAGUUCCUGGUUUGUAAUUGUACAAUUUGUUACACACCGCAAUCUGCAACUGCACCGCUGACCACAUAACAAUCAAUGCAUCCAGUUUAAAAAAGGAAUAGAGUCCUACUUGUGAUGUGGUAAUAGUAUUGUUAUCUGCUUUUGUAAAUUUAUAUAAAUUUCGCAAAAAAACCAAGCUCUAGACUCAACCUCUAAACUCGAUUGAAUCUGUCACAAGGAGGUUAUGUAAACCUAACCUUCAAAUUAAUGAACGAGGCGAUAUUUGGAAAAUUUCGUUUAAAACGUUUUAAGCCUUGUAAAAUACAAUGUCAACUCUUAUUUUACGCACCCUUUUGUCAACACGAAUUUUAGCAAAGGGAAGACAAAUAAGCACGAGCAGAUUAUUAUCAGGGGAUCUUAACAAACUCUCACCGCCCAAGAAAAAAGUACCGGAUUCCAAGAAAAUAGGCAUAUCAUGGAAAACAGUAGCUAUUGGUGCAGUAACUGGUGGUGCUUUCUUAUCAUACAUGUAUUAUUUAAGAGACGAGAAAGAGGUGAAAAUACAGCGUGAAAGGAGGCGCGCUCUUGGGAAAGCAGAAAUUGGAGGAAAAUUCGAACUGGUCAGCUCUGAUGGAAAACUUGUAAAAUCAGACGAUUUUCUUGGCAAGUGGGUACUGAUAUACUUCGGAUUCACGCAUUGUCCUGACGUUUGUCCGGAUGAACUCGAAAAAUUGGCACUAGUCGUCGACACAUUGGAGAAUGAACACAAACUUAAAGUUCAACCAGUAUUUAUCUCCGUCGACCCAGACAGAGAUACGCCAGAACUUGUAGAUAAAUACACGAAGGAAUUUUCGAGCAAACUAUUGGGACUUACUGGCACGAAAGAACAAGUUGCUCAGGCUUGUAAAGCUUAUAGAGUUUACUUUAGCAAUGGACCCAAAGAUGUAGAUAAUGACUACAUUGUGAGUAAAGAUUUAAAGCAUUUCAUAAAUUUAGGUAUCUGA